AGAUAAUUUUUUGGAAAAAGGCAGGAGAAAGACGACAAGUUUUGACAAAGGUUUCAUCCAUUGGUUGGCUCUGAAAAUUUGAGCAGUAAUUCAAUACGCACUCCAAGAAAACCAGAACAUGGCUUCUGCCGAUCAGCAUCAGUCGCCGGGAACUACCAAUCUCCGGCUAGUUCUCGUCCAUCGCUAUCCGAGAUUUGGAAAUUCGUUCUUAUCCAAACUAAAAACCUGGUACCGGGUUUUCGACCCGCUUGACGAAUCCGACCCAUCACUUCCACCCAUUUCCGGCUCGGUUCGGGUCAUGCUCUGUUUUGGUCCUACUCCGGUCACCUCGGAGACCCUGGAUAAGUACCCUAAUUUGGAGUGCAUCGUGGGUACUAGCGCCGGAUAUGACCAUUUUGACCUCGCUGAGUGUCGCCGCCGUGGCAUCCGCGUCACCGGCGCCGGAGAUUCGUUCUCCGAGGAUGCCGCUGACUUUGCCGUCGGCCUAUUGAUUGACGUCCUCCGUCGUGUAUCUGUUGCUAACCGUUUUGUUCGUGCUGGCUCUUGGCCUGUUAAAGGAGAAUUUCCCCUCGGUUCUAAGGUUGGUGGGAAACGAGUGGGCAUUGUAGGUUUAGGGAGCAUUGGUUCGAGGGUUGGUAAAAGACUUGAGGCCUUUGGCUGCAGCAUUGCAUACACCUCAAAGAGGAUGAAGCCCAAUGUUUCGUUUCCUUUCCAUUCUAAUAUUCAUGAUCUUGCUAUCAACAGUGAUGUUCUAAUUCUUUGUUGUGCUUUAACAAAAGAAACACACCGCAUAGUUGGCAAAGAAGUGCUGACUGCCCUUGGGAAGGAAGGUAUUGUCAUAAAUGUUGGACGAGGGGCACUCAUUGAUGAGAAGGAAUUGGUUCAGUUUCUGAAGAGAGGUGAGAUUGGCGGUGCUGGUCUUGAUGUUUAUGAAAAUGAACCUCAUGUGCCAGAAGAAUUGUUUGGGUUGGAUAAUGUGGUGCUGUCUCCACAUGUUGCUGUUAUAACUCCAGAGUCUUUUAAAGCACUUGAAGAGCUAUUCAUUUACAACUUAGAAGCUUUCUUUUCAAAUAAACCCUUGCGGGCACAAAUUGAAUGUGAAUGAGAUAUACAUUCCUUUUACUGCUGUGAUCAACUUUAUUAAGUUUCUUCACCAAGUUGAGGGUCACUUUAUUCUCCAACAAAACAUGCUGAACGUGAAAAGCUAUGAUGUAUGUGUAUGUGAACACAUGAUAUUAUUUCGCUUAAAUAAUUGUGUUUUUAUUGAUGAAAGAA